AUGGAUCAGGCGGCGGUGUUGGCUCUGGUUCUUCCACCAGCUUCUCUGGUGUCGGUGCUGACUACUCAGCCACCCAAGAAGCAGAGAUUGCUGAAAUGGGUCACUGGAGCGCUCGCCAUGUUCCUCUGGGAAUGGUUGCGACCCGCCCUGUGUACCCUUCAUCCCUCGUCGUCCACACUGGCAGUGGCUGGUGUGGAGGGUGAGGUCUGCUUGUGGAUGGCGGUGAGGUGCAAUCACCACUUUCCUUUCAGAGGUCAUCAGCUUGGUCCAACAGGAUGGUUCAGGAGUUCCUGGAUUUGUCUGCUGCUCUUCAGCUUUGGUGCAUGUGCUCCUAUUCAGAAAAGCAAGUAUCCACGUUAUCUACACUUGCUCAACAACGCAGAACACGACACCCAUUCUUUCUCUAAUUUGAGUUUAUUUUGUGGUUGGGUCAAACUGGUGCUGGUUACCACUCCAGAGGUUCUGUCUGCCGCCCAAGACGCAAGAAUCACUCGGAUGAUCGCCGACAAGCUGUGCCUGAAUCCUUACGGUAGCCGUCCUGCACUUUCACUGGAGCGCUCCCCAGGUUCCUCUGGCAAUGGUUGCGACCAUUAUUACCAGCGAGCACGAGACUUCCGCUCUGACUCGAAGUACACCCAGGACACAUUUGACCACAUCCUUGUACCUAAAACCCCACAGAACCCAGGGAGAGGGUCUUAAGAACACCAAAUGGACCAGUGAGCUAAAUGCAAAGCACUAUCUGAAUGACAGAACUUUUGGUCAUAUGCUGUUUUGUCGUUUCCUGCAGGUGAUGGUAGUUGAAGAAGUGAAGUGGAAGUGAAUCUCUGUAAAUAUUUUCUAAAUAAACCAAUGUGUUAAACAUCAUUCUUUAACUGGGGGGUACGACACUAACUUGUGCAGUGUAAGACUCCAACUUUUGUACCAUGUAUGUUGUGGAAGACUGGCACCUCAAUCGACCAGAAGUCCUUCUCUGACAAAUCGGCCAGAAACUAAUAACUUGAAGUAAAGGGUAGGAAUGGUAUCAAAAAGCAGUCGUUGUCUUAAGCCUACAUCCUGGAACUUUUGGCUGUAACCUACACAUGGCUGGCUAAACUGCCUCACUAGCAGCAUUUAAGGGAGAAGUCUGAAGCAACCAAGUUGCAGUCUGCCAUGACUUUGAGGAGCAGAAGACUAUAAUUUCAUGUGACAAUGACUAGGACUUGAACUUUGUCUCUCACUGCUGCAGAGUUGAUUUAACUGACAACUUGGGGCUUCUAACUUGGGGUGUGGUGCCUUCUAGGACCUGGCUCUUUAAUGG